UGGCGUUGCGUUGUGCUUGUGCGCGAGAGGCUGCCGCCUCCACCUUUCCUCGCUCCGGCCUCUGUCUGUCCUCCUAAACCCGCCUCGUCUCGCCUCCCUCGCCGCCACCACGCCACGCUCCUCCGGGAGGUUCCUCCAACAGGCGACUGGUGAGUUCCCGCCGCCGCCACCGCUGCCGAGAAGUGGAGGGCGAGGGGAUCAACGGAGUAGGAAGGAGUCCGGACCAGAGGAGCCGCGGCGGAAGUUUCGCUGUCGACGUGGUUCCGGUACGCCGUCCAGCCUCCAAAUCGCUGCCAGGCGCUCUCCCGCUCCUCUCUGCCCGGCGCCGCAUCGGGUGGGUUCCGGCGGUGCGCAGGCUGUCGAACGACCGAGCGUCCGAGCCCUCUCGUCCGACGAGUGGGGCGCCCGACCACUUUCGAGUCUUCGACCAAGAAGCAAGAUGAGAUGUUGGAUUCGUUCACAAAGAUGUAGCUUGGCUGUUUUCUGGUCUUAAAAGCCAAUCCUUUCGGAGAAAAAGAAGAGCUGACAGAUGCGAUAUGGGACAACUUCUUCAAAGGCAAGCUUGCCGUCAUACAUGGAACCAAACGGGAUAAAGCUAUGGCCCACAUCGCAGCAGCAGCUAGAGGAACCCUCCUUAUCAUAAAGCUCGACAAUUUAACUCCCAGACAUGAUGAGGAGCGAAGUAAUAGAAGCUGGAAGGCUAGUGAACCUGUGGAAUGAAUGGGGAAUACAAAUCCUGGUCCUUGUAAGCUUCUCGUUGCAAGUAUUCCUCCUUGUCUUUGGAGGGAUCCGCAGGCAUAGCUCCUCCAGCAUUCUCAUGUUCUUCCUAUGGUCGGCAUACCUGCUGGCCGACUCCACGGCGAUAUACACCCUGGGCCAUCUAUCAGUCGACAGUAGGUCAGACGAGCACCAGCUGGUAGCGUUCUGGGCACCGUUCCUCCUGCUGCACCUCGGUGGCCCAGACAACAUCACAGCAUAUGCGCUCGAAGACAACACGCUCUGGUUGCGCCACCUCCAAACUCUUGCUGUGCAGGUCCUAGGAGCUGCUUAUGUGAUAUACGAGUACAUUGCCCGCAGCGGGACCUUGCUUCUGCUGGCCUCCAUCUCCAUGUUUGUUGCUGGUCUUCUCAAAUACGGUGAGAGGAUAUGGGCGCUCAAGUGUGGCAACAUUAGCAGCAUCCGCAACAGCAUCAGCACCCGAAAGUUCAAGACUAACCCUUAUCAGCUAUUAACUUUGGGUACCAGUGAAGAGGAAUUACUGCUUGGAGCCCACUCCCAAUUCGAUAUUUGCAAAGGUGUCUUCGCUGAUAUCAUAAUGGUACCCAGUCACUUGGUCCGUUCACAAUCUAAUUCUAAACAAAGUUCUGUAAUAUCUUAUUUGGGAGAGGAUCUAUACAAAUUGGUCGAGAUGGAGCUGACUCUGAUGUAUGACUUCCUCUACACCAAGGCGGCGGUAAUCCACACAUGGUAUGGCUUCUGCAUCCAUUUCAUUUCGCUGCUUGGCACAGCCACCACGUUUCUGUUGUUUCAGCUCAGUAUAAACAGUAGAGGAAAUGGGUACAGCAGAGUGGAUGUGAUUAUCAGUUAUGUUUUACUGGUUGGGGCUUUGGUCCUGGAAAUCAUAUCUGUGUGCAGGGCUCUACUAUCCACCUGGACAUGUUCUUUAUUACACCGCAGGGGCAGGGGAUGGGAGUGGCCUCUCCAUGUUAUCACUUCCCUUGGUCAGCGUGUCCAUCCGGCAAGUAGGAGACUCUGGUCAGGCUCCAUUGGUCAGUACAAUUUGUUCCACUUGUGCACCCGCAACACGAAUGAAAUAGGGAGCAGACUAGCAAUGAAAUUGGGGCUCCAGGACUGGUGGAACAAGAUGCACUUCUCGGGCACUUUCUCACGCAGCGACAUUUUGUCAAUACGAGAUAUCAAGAAAUUGGUUUUGCAAGCACUGCAAGACAAGGAGCGAGCACUGCAAUACAAAAAUACUGACUCGAACUCUAGGGGCAGCUUUAUACUUAAAAGUAUGGAAGCCUAUGACGACUUUGCUCGCUGGAGUGUCAACAUCGACUUUGACGAGAGCAUCCUUGUUUGGCACAUUGCAACCGAGGUGUACAUCCGGAAAUCCAAGGCCAAACAUGCAAAAGAGCUCAUUGAGGCUACUGAGGUACUAUCCGAUUACAUGAUGUUCCUGUUGGUGGUAAAACCCAACAUGCUGCCUGGCGCUGCACGGCACAACAUACAUCUUACCUCCUGUGAACAACUAGAAGGACAAUGUCGUGCGCGCUUUGGUGAUAAGGACAACCCAGUCGAGCCAUCUCCCAUAAGCUGGAAUCCGUACUGUAUGUUUAAGGAAUUGUUCCACCGUGAUGGCCCUAAUUGCUCCAGGAUCCCACGGAGGGAGAAGCUUGCUGAGAUGGCGUGGAGUUUCUCCCAAUUUGCACUGGGAUCGGUAAGGGCACCAAAUCCACAUGGGGAUUCCAUCCGUGACAGUGCUAAUAUGUAUGCAAUCUUGCUCGCCAACGAGCUUCUGAGCAUAGAAUUGCGCUGGCAAGAGCAGCGUGAUCCUUUGGAGCUGAUCUUGGGGGUGUGGGUGGAGAUGUUGUUGUAUGCCGCGAACCAUUGCAGCCAAGAAUCCCAUGCCAGGCAGCUCAGCAACGGGUGUGAGUUCAUUACCAUCGUGUCAUUACUAGCACACCACUUCAAGUAUUACUCGGGAGUCUCCAGAGGCACCGAAGACGUUGGUGGAAAUAGCCCCACAGGUGAAAGUAACCCCAUGAGUGAAAACACGGCCGGUUUAGAAAAAUUUGCAUAUUUUACUCCUGAAAUGGCCCCUCGUUCUUCAGGGAAAACUGAGGAUUGACUACUUCAGUGAAAUCAUCAUAGUUAUCUGUAAAUAAAUAUAUGAAGUACUGGAAUUCAUUCAUAUAGCAGCACCACAUGCUGCAAGAUCAACUUCCUCCCUGCAUUCAAGUGUCUAUUACAAGGAUCAUGGUUGGCAUUCAUUCAUAACCGCAAAGGGUGCAGGCUGGUGGAGCAAUGUAAGUGUGGUGCAGCAUGCCAGGAUCAUGAUCGGCCAUAGAUUGAUCCUCCUUUUUGUGGGCGUUGGUGACCGGCAUAGCGGUGAAAUAAGCCGCUUAUGUGAAAUCGGCAAUUCUUAUAUUUUUACAUAGCUGUUGUGUAGUGUAAUCAUAAGAAAUUAUGCAGUAUCCGAACUGAGGUCGUAGCUUCACUGUUUCCUGUGCAUGCUGUUGUCUUUCUGGCAUGUAUAUCUUUCCGUUGCUGUGAGAACUAAGGAAAGUUGCUAUCUUUUCCCAGCAUUACACACCAAUGACCAACUAAACAUAUCUCGGCAGUUAAGUGUC